UCCUAGCAACCGGGAGAAACUUUCCCGCGAGCAGAACGCCGCCGCCGCCCGCCGCUGAUGCCGGAUCCCGGCCCGGGGCCGCCUGCCAGCCGCGAGUCUCCCCAGGGCAGCGGGACUAUGAGCCACAGCCUCUCCUUCGUGGAGCUGAUCAACCUGGCCAUCGGGACGCCGGAGCUGGGCAAUGUCAACUUCAAUGCGCUGCACCUGUUCCUGCACAGCCUGGUGGAGCAUCUGCGCCUGCAGGAGGCGAGGAAGGAGGUGUCGGUGGAGGAGCUGGCGUUCAUCAAGCCGCCCCCCAGCUCCGCGGCCUCCGCUGCCACCUCAGCCACCGAGACCCUCCCCGCGGUGCAGAACUCCAGCUCCAUCUUCCACCAGAUGCACGAGAGGAUCACUGCCAUCGAGAGGCAGCUCCGGUUCCUGAAUGAGCCCCCUGACACCGCCGAGCUGCUGGCCCGCAGCCAGGGCAUGGGCCAGCCCGCCCUGGACAUGUGGCAGAUGAUGCAGCUGAAGAAGAAGCUGGAGCUGAAUGAGGAGGGCAUGACCAAGGCCAUGAACACGUUGCAGGACCUGCUGAAUAGCAUUUGUUCUCUGAAAAUCGCCACGGAGGGCUUUCAGCAAGAACUGGCGCAGCUGAAAGAAGACGUUGCCCAGAUCAACGCAGAAGAAAUGAAAAAGCGGCUGAAGUGCCUGGACAAACAAGCCAGGAUGAUGGAAGAAAUGAAGGAGCAACUGGGGCUCGUGAAAGAAAGGGUCAGCCUGUCUGCCAGUGCCUCGGAUGUGGUGUGCUGGAGUGCCCUUUGCGAGACGCUCACCGGCAAAACCUUCGAGGAAGAGGAAGUGGGCAAAGAGGAAGAGGAAGGGAGCAGAGAAGAAGAGGAAAGGAGCAGAGAGAAAGAGGAACGGAGCAGAGAGGAAGAGGACAGGGGCAGAGAGAAGACAUCUCGGGAGAUCCUGGCUGUUCUGAGCCAACUGCCGGAGAAGCACGAUGCUCUCCUGAAGCACAUCACUCAGCUGGAGGCCCAGUUGAAGUACCCAGCAUGCCCUGCAGCUUUUGAAAUGCCCCCCGAGCUGAAGUCACUGCUGGAACGGAUGGAGACAUUGCAAACUCAAAGCCAACAGGGAAAGGAAUCUCUGCAAGAGACCCUGGAGCAGAUGGAGAAGCUGAGGGAACAGUAUGAAAACCUGCAGCAGGGAGUGGAGAAGUUAUCCAGGAGCAGCACAGAGAUGCAGAUCAUACGCAACCUGUUGCAUCAGUUGGAUGUCAAGAAAGCCGAUAAAGACUCGAUCCAAGAGGAGAUGAAUGUGAAAGCUGACAAGAGCGCGCUGGAGGCCAUGGUGAACCAUGGGCAGCUGCAGCUGGCCACCAGCCAACUCAGCGAGAUGAUGCAGGACCUGCUGCAAAAGAUGUCCCUGCAGGACAAGGACUGGCAGAAGGCGCUCGAGAAGCUCUUUGUGGACAUGGACUGCAAGCUGGACCGCUUGGCCCUGGACCCCGUGAGCCGACAGCUGGAGGAGGUGUGGAAGUUCAUCAAGAAGUACCUGAGUGAGGGACCCCGCUUUGACGCCGACAGCGCAGCUGGCUUCAAGAAGCAGCUCUUUGAGAGAGUGAAGUGCAUCUCCUGUGACCGGCCAGUGACCAUGAUGACCGGGCCGCACAUGAUCACUGUCCGGAAGGCCACAUUGAAGCCUCGUCCAGUCAGUGCCAGUGGCUACGAAUACCUCUUCCACCAGCAGAAAAGAGUCUUGACAACCUCCUCACAGCCUGGCUGUUGUGCUUCUUCCCUUCCCCACACAGCUCUGAAGAUUCCCCGGCCUCCAACGGGGGUGCGAAUGGAGAGAGUCCGCUCUGCCUUUGCAGACAUCAGCACGGUGCCCUACCCCUCCUCUGCCCUCCGUCGAGUGGGGUCUGCAAUAGCCAACAGCAACCAGCGACUGCAGCAGCUUAGCUGUGACCCUGUGGACAGAACAGUCAUGGGUGCCGCCCUCAGAGAAAGCCACGUUCAGAACGAAAGGGACGUUCCAGGCCUGGGCACCCAUAGCUUUUAGCAGACUCCUUCCCUGAAGAUUUUGGUUAUCCCUGCCAGAUCUCUGACACUGUAAUGGAAGAAGCUGCUUCUCGUCCAUCUGAAACAGAGGCCACAGACUUGCAUGGCUUUCAAAGGAGAGCGGCUGUGUCCACAACUACCAUCAUGCCCGACCUACGUCAGAUGUACAGCAGAUCAUGGGCUAAAAUGGUGCUUCUCUCCCCAGUGAACCAGGAUUCCCAAACAAAACAUUCAUUAUGAUGACAGUGAACACACGAAUUCCAGGGGCCAAGAUCUUCCAGUUUGGGCCUUGGCAUCGUCAGAAACCUGACCAUGUGCCUUUCCUUCCCUUUCCAUAUGGGAUCCCAGAGAUAUUCCUGAUACUGUCCCUGUCUCAGCCAUGGCACAGGAAAGCAUUCAUCGAGUGAGAAAAUGAUUCUAUAA